UCGUAAACUUCCUGGAUAUUUGGGAAGCCGAAAUGGCAGGAAAAAAGUCAGAAUGGGUUUACGACGAAUUGCUCUGCUUUCUUGGCAGUGCAUUUUUCCAUGUACCAGUAGAUGGUUUUAUAGAAGCUAAAUGUUUAAUUUUUGAUCCAAGUGUUGAGGAUAUGGCAGAGUACAAGAAAAUCCACCAAGAAUACAAACAAGUUGUUGAAGCUUUGUUAGAUGCAUUCACUAAAGACACAAAGCUGACACACGACGAGGUCAUACAAGCACUCAAUGAUAUGAAUUCCAAGAAGGAUAUUAGGGAAGUUUUUCAUGGUUUGUUUGAGUUAGUGUUAGCAAUGGAUGAUUACCAAGUGUUUGUACGAAUGAUGACAACAAAGAACAUUGAAUUGCAACAGCAAGCACUAAUGCUGAUAAUGAAAACAACAGGUGCUCUCCCCGACAGUCUGUCAGACUGUCAGUCUCAGUCUCAGUCCCCACCCCCUGCACCUCGUGAGAGUGAAGAUGAAAUAAUGAAGCGAGUACUUGAGUAAG